AAAUAAGGUAGCCAAAACUUCUUUCCAUUUGAAAGUUAACCAAAGAAAUCAUAUAAACACAUGCCAAAAUGUUCGGUACAACUACUUUGAUAAGCAGAUCGUUCUUAGCGCUUUUGAUAAUACUGACAUUAUAUUUCCUUGGAAUGGAUCUUCUGCUAUAUUCCAGAAUACAGAACUAUGCUAUAAGACCAUUACCAAAUGACACACGAUACGCCUCAAUUAUACCCUGUGAUUUUAAUCCAUUGUGCACAGUGACUGUAAAAGGAAUGAUGUUGGAUCAUCCAAAUCAUUUCCUUCUGAGCCCUUUGGCAGCUAUUAUGGACAAUCUGGUACAGAUAAGCAGCUCGUGGACAUGGGUCACGCCAAACAUGAUCAGUUGUUUCCACGUAUUAAUAGCAAUAUUGUCUGGCAAAUGUGUUUCCAGUGAUUCAUUGUCUUACAGACGUCUUGGUGUGAUACUCUUUCUAGCAAGAACUUGGUUAGAUGAUCUUGACGGACAUGUUGCCAGAAAAAGAGCAAAUAUUUCUGGAGAAAGAUCAGAUGCUGGCUCUACAGGAUAUGUGGUUGAUGGACUUUGCGAUGCUGUGGGCUGCGUUGCUUUGAUCAUUGGCCUAUACCAGUUUCUUGCACGUAAUUCAAGCAGACGCGGAGGGUAUGACAAGCUUUCGCAGCUUCCUGUUUCCUCAGUUGUGGAGUCUGGAAAUCUGACUUCAAAGACCUCUAAUGCGGCUCUUCGUAAUAUACUAUUCAUGACCGUCCAUUUGUUCCUGACUAGUGCUGCUUGGAACCGGUAUAUAUCCUUGUACCAGGAUCUUUUAGAGACUGAAUACAGAGCACCAUCGAUUAGCAAGGAACAUCUCUAUGUCAAACAAACAACUAUAUUCAGAAGUUUGUCUUUUUGGGUGAUAGUGCUAUGCUGGAAAUUUGUCAAUUUUCAUGCAGCUAUGGAUUACCUGCUUUUGGCAAUAUUUUUUGAUCGUCUGAGGGAAUAUAUGAAACUUGUGAGAUGGUCUUCGUUUGUAAUUAUAUUGCUACUUGUUUAUGUAACCGAAUUUCAUUUUCUACGGGCCUAUACAUACGUACAAGGUGUACCAUUGUAUAUUGACGAAGAGAUAUCUUCCUCUGAUGUAUUCAUUCAGGGAUGACAGUGCGAAUGGAAGAGGCUAUUUUCUAUACUUGCUCAUUAUCGGUGAUACACGAUAACACCUAUUUGCCAAUUUAUUUAUCUGUAAAAAUUUGACUGCAUGUAUCGUAUAAAUGACUGACUAAUGUAUAGUGGAAUGUAUAUAACCCUUUAAAUAUCUUUGACUUAUUGUUAAAUUUCAUUUUAAUAUAUUAGAUUGUUCGCUGGUUCAAGGUACUUUGUUCCUUCUUAGAUGUAUUUUGUUAGGUGUUCAAAUUAUUCAAUUGCGGGAAAAUUUGAACAUACUAAUAUGUGUACUUACACCUAAUGCUAUGUCGCAAUUAUAUUUAAUUGAUUUUCGUGAUAAUACUCUCUGAUGUUCAAUAUUUACUUCCUAAUUUAAGGGGUUAACACGUAUAUGCAUUUAAUGAAUCAUAUUUCAAUGGAUAUUUAUUUAUCCAUGUUGUAAGGGUUAUUUUAAAAAUAAUGUAUAUGUGGUAUAAAUAUGUAUUUGUGUUAAAACAUAUGUAUAAUAAGCUGGGUAAAAUAUGUUGAUAUGUGAUAUUUAAGUACUUGCUACUAAUUUUCUAUUUAUCAUCAAUUAAUAAUUCACAAUGACUCUUGCCUUUUAUCUGGAUAUUUUGAUGUGAUCCUAAUUAUCUAGUUACAACAUUUGUAAGUUUGCCGGAGUUACGUGGUAAGCUGUUAUAACGAGCUUUGAAAUCUGAUAUAAAUAUGACAGAUACUUAUGUGAUAUACGUAUGUAUGUAAUAUUCUUCCAUUACAAGAUUACUUAUGUUAAGGUGACAGAUAAAUUCAAGCAUACAUAGAGCUUCACGGGAAAUUUGAAUAAGCGGCCGGUGUAUUUAAUAU